AAAACAUUUCGAAGGUUGCUUCUGCAAGGCGACCGCAUCGUCGACCAGGCGACUCGUUUUCGUUUCGUCGAGUUGCAUUGCAAGAACAUGGCGGCACGUGAAGCUGCUGGUCGUGUGGUGCGACAAGUUCGGCCAAUUUUGUCUCUGGAUGCUGGUGAAGCAAGAAAAAGAGUUCUUAAUCUGUAUAAAGCAUGGUACCGCCAAAUACCAUAUGUCGUUCUGGACUAUGACAUCCCAAAAACUAUAGAGGAAUGCAGAGCCAAACUUCGUGAAGAAUUUGACAAAAAUCGGCAUGUCAAGGAUAUAAGAGUUAUUGACAUGUUAGUUAUUAAGGGGCAAAUGGAGCUUAAGGAGACAGUCCAGAUAUGGAAACAGAAAGGACAUGUAAUGACAUAUUUCAAAGAAACUCAAGAACCUAAACCAACUGAUUUUCUUUCAAAAUUUUUUGCCGGUCAUGAUUAAAAGACUUGGAGUGCUUGUGUAGGAAAUGUAAAUUAAAGCUGUAGUAUAACUGUGAAUAAAGUAUGUUUUUAUUGGAUAUAAUGAAUUAACUUGCCAGUUUUUCAAAUAUUAUUUUCUCUUUCCAUUGUUAAUUCACUUCAACAAACAAGUAUUUUUAAAAAUUUCAAAUUUGAUGUAGGGUGGACACAUCUGAUUUUCAGUGGUCAAGAUCUGUCACAGAAGACCUGAUGUUUUGUGAAAGUGAAAUGACAUACAAUUGUAUUAUUGAUCUUAUAGGCCACAAAGUGAUUAAAUAAUAUUUUAUUUCCUGAAAAUAGGUAAUCAAAUUAUUUAAUGAUUAAAUUACAAGUACAACUAAACAUUCUGUAAUUAGCGAAAUAAAAAAGACAUUAAUUAUUAACAAUAUGUUUAAUGUGAGAAUUGUAAAACUGAAGUCUCCUAACAAACAAUAAGUCUAAUUGUUAUACGUAUCUUUAAAAAAUUAUUGUGUGAAGGGUUUCUCUGAGAUUACUAUUUUAAGAUUGACUAUUUAAAUUGUACUUAUUAAUAUGAAUAUUGGCAUCAAUUUUACAAAUUGAUAAUGACGUUUAACAUAGGGUAUUGUAAGCAUUUAUUUGAUUUUUGUUUGUUGUUUUAGAGCAUGCAUCUUUAAACAAAAUCUUAAGUUUCUUUGCCACACACAAAAAGGAUGAUGGUAAAAGUAAAGUAAUUUCUGGUAUUGUUUAGUUUCUGAUAACCUUAUUUCUUUUAUCCAUGUAUUCUCCUAUUUAAUAAUCACAGAUAUGUGUUAACAACAUGAGCAUCUAUCUUUUUUUCCUAUAAAUACUGUUAAUAUUUGCAUCAUUUUAACGAAUUGAUACGCUUAAGCUCUGAAUUAAUUGUUGCACACAUGUACACAUUUAUUGUCGUUUGCCCGUAUGUUCUGGGCCAUUGUAGGAGCCAACAGGAAAAUUUAAGUUCCUCUGUUACUGUAAAAUGUAUUAAAAAAGUAAUCUGUGUUUACUAUAUUUGCUUUAAAAAUUUUUGAUAUCAUGGUCCUCAAAGUUUAUUAGUAUCAUUAAAACUAAACAUCCGAGUGCAUGCUAGUAAAGGCUAGUAGUAAUAACAAUGGAAAAGUGCAAAAAUAUGCAUUAAUUAAAGGAAAGGUUAAAAACUUGAAAAUUAUUUGAAUAAUAUUAUGGGCCUAAAGUAAUUUUGGUAGAAGACUUAAAGAAGCUAUAAUUGUACUCUGAAAAAAUAUAUCCAUAUUAUUUCAAUUUUUAAUAAAAUUCAAGAACAAAACAUUCAUCUGAAUAACGGCCUAGAGUUCAUUCAUUUAUUUGUGAUUGAAAUAUGCCUUUCUCCAUUGGUGUGCACAGCCUAAAAUGAGAUGGGGCCAACUACAUUUCUGGACCCUCUUGUCCAUGUAAGUUCUUUAUUUAUACAAGACAUAUUUUACUAGGAAGUAAAUCAAAGCAAUGGGAAUGUAAUUAUAUAUUUAUUGAUGAAAUUAAUAAGUACUCUUAAAUGCCUUGGAGAGCCUCUUAACCACACUGUCUUGUAUCAAUUCUGUAAAAUAUCAGCUUAAAAAGGGGAGAAUCAGGAAUUGAUCACAUUUACGGGAAUAAAAUGUUUUAUUACGUAAGGCUAUGGGGCUCCUUUAAACAUUUUCUGGGGGAC